UAUAAAGCCCAGAAGUGUUUGGGAUCUCAGUGUUGAAGACCACUUCUCAUUCACCAGAACCAGGAACACGUCUUUCACCACCAUGAAGUCAUCUCUUGUCCUCUGUGUUCUUCUUGGUGUUGUCAUCUCUGUCAGGGCUGCGUCAGUGCCUCUCACUGUAGAGGCUGUCACUGCUACAUCUCCAGUCCCAGUAACCCAGAACGAAUCUACCACUGUCGAAUGGACCACCACUACUACAUACCCACCCACACAUACAGUGACGGGGCUUUAUGACACUACUACCACUGUCGAAUGGACCACUACUACAUACCCACCCACACAUACAGUGACGGGGCUUUAUGGCCCUGUUACCACUGUCGAAUGGACCACUACAUCAACUACACCAUUCACUACAAUUACAUCAACUCCUUGUUGUUUCACUUCUCCAUAUCCAACAACACAAACUACCGAAUUCACCACUACAGGGGCUUCUCACACACUGAGCCAGAUUAUGUGUCCUGAGGGAUGGACGGUGUUCCAGGGACGUUGCUACUACUUUGAGAGUGAGAUGAUGACCUGGCCUCAGGCUCUGUCCAACUGUGCCAUACUUGAGUCCAUGCUGGUCUCUGUCCACAGUGCUCAGGAGUAUGGUUUCCUCCAACAACUCACCAACAAUAAUGGAAAUCAGGAGGCCUGGCUUGGUGGUUUCUAUCUACCGGAACAGUGGUUGUGGAUUGAUGGCUCCUGGUUCUACAAUAACAGCUGGAGCAGCGAAGCCCCAGACAGCAGCAACCCCUGCCUAGUGCUCAACACUUAUGCGGGAUGGAGCAAUUCUCAGUGCUACGAUAGUAGCCUCUCCUCCAUCUGUGUGAAGAACUCCAAUGUCCCAUCAGACAUGGUGUGUCCUCAAGGUUGGACAGAGUUCCAGGGCCGCUGUUACUACUACAACUAUAAUAGUCUGACCUGGCCUGACGCUGAUGCUUACUGUGCUGGUGUCCAAGCCAGCCUGGUUUCCGUCCACAGCCCUCAGGAGUACUCCUUCCUCUAUCAGCAGACUUCUGGUAAUCCAUCCUGGCUAGGUGGAUUCUACCUUGAGGACCAAUGGAUGUGGCUCGAUGGCUCCUGGUUUUAUCCAGGAUUUUUUACUGAGAUGUCAACAGACAGUUCCAACCCAUGCCUUUCAACGCUGAACAAUGAGGGUUGGAGCAAUUACGACUGUGAUCAAACGUUCCCUUCGUUUUGUGUGAAGAAUGAGGUUGUUUGAAAGAUGCAACUUAAACCUGCAUCCUGCACAAGACAGACAAAUUAAAGGAACAUUUCAGUCAGGUGCACAUUUAAAAUGCAUUCUUACCAAAAUUGAAAAGCAUCUUUCUUGUACAAAUUUUCCAAACAAAUUAAACAGUCAUUUAUCA